ACAAAAGAACUGCUCCCCCAUCCUCACCCAAGGUUAUAAAGCUUAUGUCCAGCCUCUCUUCCUGUUUGCUGUGGAACUUAGCUGCUGGGUCUGCACUUUUCUUCCUCAGACAAGCACAAAGGAUCAAGAUGUCUCGCAGGAGUCCAACCCUUGCCUGGUUGAUGCUGGUGGUGUGCCUGGCAUUAUUGGACAGCAGAUGUCAGGCGCAGCGGGACUGCCAAGUGAGCAACUUCAGGGUUCAGGAAAACUUUGAUAAAUAUCGAUAUGCUGGCACCUGGUACGCCAUAGCCAAGAAAGACCCUGAAGGAUUGUUUCUUCAGGAUAACGUGGUGGCCCACUUUACUGUGGAUGAGAAUGAGAAAAUGAGUGCCACUGCCAGAGGCAGAGUAGUGCUCUUUGGUAACUGGAACAUAUGUGCUGAUAUGAUUGGCUCCUUCACCGAGACAGAGGAUCCUGCCAAGUUCAAAAUGAAAUAUUGGGGUGUGGCCUCCUAUCUCCAGAAAGGAAAUGAUGAUCACUGGGUUGUGGCCACAGAUUAUGAUACAUAUGCUCUACACUACUCCUGCCGUAAUAUUAAUGAAGAUGGGACUUGUGGUGACAGCUAUUCUUUUUUGUUUUCCCGGAAUCCAUAUGGACUAUCGCCUGAAGCGCAAAGAAUUGUCAGGCAAAAGCAGGUGGAAAUCUGCCUAGACAAACAAUACAGGAUAAUUGUACAUGAUGGAUUCUGCCCAUAAGGACAACACACUCUAUGGGAAGUGGGGAAGCACAUUCUCUAUAGUUAGAAAGUUUUAAAGUGUACUGUUUUGAGGGAAGUCCUUCAAAUGGAUUCAUUUGGAUUUUAAGUAUAUUUAUCUGAAUUAUGUCAUUUAUCCUUCCACCAGUUAAUAAACUGAAAUCAGUGUAAUAGCACAAUGAUUGUGUUGUGAACACGUAUUUAUACAUUUCAGGUACAUAAUUCUCAUGUUGUAUUAACAAACCAUUAUUUUAUUUGUAAUGUUUAAAAUUAUAAAUCCAAAUUGUAGUAGCUAAUUAUGUCUUAUGUUCCUUCUUAUUCUACAAAUGAUCCACAAAUAUUACUGUGCUGGCACAACCUCACCUCAUAGCCAGUGACAGUAGACCCUCAUCCUGAACAACAGCACUAAUUUUUCCUGGGGAUGGGGAAGCUGCCAUGUAAGAUAUGAUUGCAAUUUGUCCAUACAUUGCACCUUUUUGCAACAUACAUGUCCAUGUUUCUUGUAUGUAUGCUAUGAGUAUUUUUUUUAUCUUUUUCAUAAAUUUUAUAUGAACAUGGUUUGUCAGAGCCCACUGAUCUAGAGUAGGAACGUGGGGAGCUCCCUUACAUGGAGUCAGAUGCUGGACCCAGAAGCAUCUUCUACAAGCCUUUGUUUUGUCAAACUGAUGAAACAUACAUCAUGGUUAUCACGAUGCAAAUGCUGCUGCUUAUGAAUUUGUGUCUCAUUACAAGUACAAAAAAGCUGAAAUUUGCCUUGCACCAUUGAGGUGCACAUUUAUUACUUGCCUUCCCCCACCCCCAGGGCCAGAACUGGACCAUUUUGCUGGCUGGGAUU